AUGCUUUCCCGAUGGUAUCAGCUCCGACUUACCAAAGCUGACUGGAUUGAGCUCCUGGACUGUCGUGCCAACUACGCAAAAAAUAACUACCAAAGUGACUUCCUUCAUUUCCGUAUUUUGCCGCCCACGUCCCUCCUGAGAGAUCGAGACUUUGUAUUGGAGCUGAUGCCCAAGAAUGGCUAUGCAUAUCGCUACAUUCAUGGGUCGCUGAAAAGGGACAAGGAAGUCGUCAAGGCAGUUGUAGCUGGUGGGUAUUACGACGGAAGGAGCGACUUGUCCGACCAACAGAAAGAUGAUCCAGAGAUUAUGUUCGCGGCAGUGCAACAUUCAGGCGGGGCUCUUGGGUAUGCCUCCCCGCGCCUUCGAGACGAUCCCAGGGUGGUGUUGGCGGCGGUGCAGAACUGUGGAAUCGCGAUGCGUUGGGCCUCGGAUCGCCUGAAGAAUGACCCCACCAUUGUGAUGGAGGCUGUUCAAAGUUCUUCAAUUGCCUUGGAGUCAGCAUCCAAGGCUCUGAAGGAUAACCCACAAGUGGUCCUGGCUGCUGUUACAUCCGUCCGCUGCGAGUUCAAGAGCAAAGGGCUCGUUUUAAAGCAUGCAUCCGAAAGGCUCCAAGCGGACCCAGAACUUGUCUCGGCAGCAUUGGAUUACGGCAUGACGUUGGGAGGGUUACUAGACGACAAAGAGAUUGUUGCAACUGCCAUCGCAUGCAAUCCCAUUCAACUGCGAUUGGUGCCCGACCGCCUGCGAGACGACUACGAGAUUGUCAAGACGGCCGUCUUGAGGGGUGGAUCUGCCAUUAGAUAUGCAUCUAGUCGCCUCAAGAAUGAUCGGAGGUCGACCGAGAUGGCUUUGUCCAAUUUUCCCUUUGCUUUGGAGUUUGUGGCGCCCCAGUUCCAAGCAGACGAAAGCUUGGUCCGACAGUGCAUCCAAAAGAGCGGCGGAACGCUUCAAUAUGCCUCAGCAGACUUGCGGGCCCGCCGAGACCUUGUUCGUUUGGCGGUAGAGAACGACGGCAACGCGAUUGCCUUUGCCACUGAGCGGCUCAGGGCUGAUAGAGAGAUUGCAAGAUUGGCCUUCGCCAAGCCAGACGAAACGGGGUUUGGCAACUCAGCUCUGGGGUGUCUUUCCAAGAAGCUCCAGGAUGACUAUGAAACUGUCCUCGCCGCUGUAUCCGUGGAUGGCGAGAACCUGCAGUAUGCUUCCCACCGGCUGAAGAACGAUCCUUUCAUCGUUGCGGCUGGACUGAAAAGCGGAAGGUUCGCCGAAAAGCCUCAAGUCACUGUGUUUCCAGACAGAGAAGGACGUAACAGGCCUUGUGAUGGCUGGAUCGGAAUGACACUUUGGGCCAAGCUGAAUGCUGCGAUUGAUUUUUUGCGCCGACAAACGGAUGGUGGUGCUGCGGAUAUUGAACAGCUGAUAGACGAGCGAGUGGGGGCGUACGACGAAAAGGAGAGGCUUCUACAUCACCUCCUGUCCUCCUUUCCGGGUGAUGUUGGCGUUUGCAUCGCGGGCUAUCUGCCCAAAAAUGAUUUAGACAGCAACCUUUACGAAUGUUUGCCGGUGAUCCGAGCCUACCAUGAUCAAUUUGGAAAAGAGACCCAACACCAAGCCGCUACUAGGCCAUUUGCAAUCUUGGAGAACGUAUACCUGGAGCUUUGGCGGAACUGA